GCUAAACGUCAGCCGCCCAAAUCGCAAAAGUUUUUCUUUCUUCCCCCGUUCUGGUGUUGGCCUCAUCAGCAGCGCGUACAGAUAUCGUAUAUUAUUCGUUCCAUGGUUUUGCAAAUCGCGCGGUAGCGAAUCCGAGCACUCGAAAGCGACGAAUUACCUUACCUACUCGCCAUAUAUUGCAUUCCCAUCUGCGGUCGGUUCAAACAAUCGUGCACGUAAUUCACGGAACACCUCGCUUGCUAGAGGAUAGGAGCGCGUAUCGCGGAAGUAGCAACCUCGGGGGUUAGCUUUUUGGACAAGUGGCGUGAAAAUUGUUGGAGCUGGUUUAUAGGCUCAACUUCCUCCAGCACAGCAGGGCGCUUCCGGUCCCGGAUUUAGUGGUGAUUGAUUGUGGUGGUGGUGAAGUGGCGGUGGAAGUUUGCAGUCCGAGAAUAAGAUUAUCGGGAACCACCAGUAGCAGAAGCGCGCGAGCCGCAAGGGACUUGAGAGAUAGAUAUUGGCCCGGUACUUUUCAUUCGAGGCAAGCUGUCAGCCUUCAUCAGCUGUGAGACGCGCGUGGUUCACGGUACAGAAGAGUGAUAACCACAGGACCAAGCGGGUAGCGACGACGUGUGCAGAGUGUACCAUAUACCUGGCCACAAACGCUCCACCUUUGAGAAGAUUUGUGAAAUCGUUCUUAUUCUUGUUGGGCCACCGUGGUUCAAUGUUGAUUACUGUGUGAGAGAAGCAGAUAGUUCAAGAACUGCUGCUAGGUUUGCCACGAAGUCGACAGCGAUUUCGACGAUUUCAGGAUGGGCGCCUUUCUGGAGAAACCUUUGACGGCCAAGCACAACGAGCAUGGCGAGGGAAAUGGGUUGAAAUACGGAGUCGGAUCAAUGCAGGGAUGGCGCUGUGAGAUGGAGGAUGCACAUUUUGCCAAAACGGGUCUGGGAGACGGUAUGGAGAAUUGGAACUAUUUUGCGGUGUUUGAUGGCCACGCGGGGCACAAGGUAGCAGAUCACUGUGCGAAGAAUUUACUCCAGUCGAUCAUACGAACACAGGAAUUUAGCAAUAACGAAAUUACAAAAGGAAUCUAUUCCGGCUUUCUCAAGCUGGACCAGUCAAUGCGAGACAUCCCGGAGCUGGCCUCCGGUGCAGACAAAUCCGGCACAACGGCCGUCUGUGCGUUCAUCUCGUCCAAAAACGUGUACAUAGCAAAUUGUGGUGAUUCGCGAGCAGUGCUCUGCCGCAAUUCGACACCAAUCUUUAGCACGCAGGAUCACAAACCGAUUUUACCGGGAGAGAAGCAACGCAUUCAGAACGCUGGUGGUUCGGUCAUGAUCCAGAGGGUAAACGGAAGCCUGGCUGUCUCCCGUGCCCUGGGGGAUUACGAUUUCAAAAACGUGAACCACCUGGGCCAAUGCGAGCAGCUCGUUUCACCGGAACCGGAAAUCUUCUGCCAAGACCGCGAUCCUGCAGAUGAGUUCCUGGUGCUCGCUUGCGAUGGCGUGUGGGAUGUCAUGAGCAAUGCCAAUCUCUGCCAGUUCGUUCACAGUCGGAUGCAGAUCACCGACUGCCUAGAGGACAUUGCCAACCAGGUCAUCGACACCUGCCUGCACAAGGGCAGUCGAGACAAUAUGAGCAUAAUCAUCAUAGCAUUCCCGGGCGCGCCGACACCGUCGGAGGAAGCCAUCAAAAAGGAGGAGAAGCUCGAAGCAAUACUGCGCAAAAAGAUCGAGGACAUCGUCACCGAUAUGGGUGCCAACGUUGAGUACGGUUUGCUGCUGAAGCGGCUCGGCGACGAAGACAUUCCAGAGCUGCCACCAGGUGGCGGAAUCGAGGCCAAGUGCUCGUUUGUGUCGGCCGUGUUCAAGGAACUGUGCCCGAAGCUAGCGGAAACCUGUGAGGUGGGUAGCUAUUGAGACAUUGGCAAACGAUUCUGGGUAUCGCGAAGGGUCGCUGGGGCGUGCCUGGAUUCGUUACGGCGGGAACACCGGGAUGGCCGGCUCGCCACCAACGACGACGAUGAGUUUUUAGCAGAAAUAACAAAAAAUCAUAUGCAUGUAUAGGCGAGACAAAGCAAACAACAAAAAAAAAACAGAAGAUAAAACAAAAACAAAACAGCGAGAGCAGAGUGUAUGUGAGACUAAGUGGGAAUUGGGGAACGCCAAGUUUUCUGGGGUGGUUCAAAACUAUUUAAAUUUAAGUUAAAAACAAACAAACAUACCUUAUAUACUAGUAAAAAAGAAAAUCAUAAUCAAAUUUUAAGUUCAGCCAUCGUUUUUAUUUCAUCGCGCGCGAGAUAAAAAAAAAAGAAUACGACACAUCUUAGUGAAUGACUUGUGUACAAAAAAAAAAAAGGAAAGGAAGAAAGCAAAUAAAAAAUAAACAGUAAUCGAGAAUUGGAAUCUGAAGGAAGAAAUGCGAAAAAUCAAUAAUAAUAACAAUACAAGCAACCAAAACUCGUUCAAUAGAAAUUACACAAUUUGUAUAGCAAAUAAAUGCCGUAUCAAUAUCGUUGCAAAGCCGAUCGUGGGUAUGAAAGAAGUCACAGUUGAAAAAUGAUUAGAGGAGUGUGGUUGUUAGCUGCACCAACCGUGUGGCGUUUGGAGUUUUUCGAAACGGAUGUAACAGUUGUCGAUUGAAUUGAAAUAUUGGAUCAUACGUUAAUUCCACGCAAGAAUACCAUUAUCAGUUGAGAAACUUGAAAAUUUUAAAAGUAACUAACGGGGAUCUGACAUAAUUGUAAAUUUUUAUUCAUUUCUGAAACAAAAUCAUAUGUUCACUUCAUGCAAAGUCUAAAAGUUAGGUACAUUAAGGCAAAAGUUUAAUUGAAAAUGCAGUCAGUCGUUGAAGCCCGGUUUUAAGGUUUCAAACUGACGAAAUAGAAUGCCUUGGCAAAACUCGAACGAACUUAAUUCUAAAAAUAUCAUUCCACAUUGUUGGUGCACAUCACCUGUUUGUGUUCAGAAGUUGCGCAAUAUUUGUAAUUCAUCAAUUCAUCGAAAGCACCGUCGACGUAGACGUAGAUUUCCACGACACAAGAGGGGAUCAACCUAUCAUCUUAUUCGCGCCUUCUUCAGUGUUUCUCGUAGAACAUUGUGCUGCUGCUGCUCAACACUCAACACAAAUGUUUAACAGUGUUUUUUCGCUUGCAUUCUGUGAUUCUUCCAGGCGAAAGGUGUUCCCCGCAGUAAGUAUCUUCGAAUGUGGCGUCUUUUGGCGUGAGUGAGCCUACACUUCACGCUAGAACGUCUGGAAUCUUUCAAACGGCAUUGUCGGCGUCGUAGUCGUGGUGCGGAUGAAUGACAUGAGAUACUUAUUACAAUUAUUUAAACCAAUCAACUGUGAUCUGAAGUUUUGAAUUAAGAAUAAAAAAUUAUGCUCCUUUCAAAAUAAUCGAACUGGAUUUUUUCUUUUGUGCUCUAUGUGUUUAUACUAGAGUAAUGUUAGUUUGAAAUUGUUUUAGUUUUCAUUGGUAGAAAACCGUUACAUUCGUUUCGAAAUCCGAAAUCAAACACUCAUGAUAGCAUACAAAUAUUCGGAACAUUCCUCUUCUGAGACUUUAGUAAUUCAGAGAGCUACUAACGAGUGAGUCAACGGUACAUGAAGGUUUCUUUUCGUUCAAUUUUGUUACUUAUCUGACUAAUAUUCUACCCCAGCAAGGAGACGUGUGAACAAAUUGGAAUUAGAAAUAUUGUGAUAUUAUUCCAUUGUUCCCUACUUUUGAAUCCGUGGGAAUUUGGUGGCUCCAGAGAGUAGUUUCUUAUGAAGGAUACUAAAACUCUAAGACUCUUAUGCAUAACGGUUUAGGUAGCAACAAAUACUUUAACUUAUUGUAUCGUUUCUUGAAAAUAAGAUUUUUAAAAUUUUGGUAAAGUCUUAUUUAAUCUAAGAAAUACUGAUUUCAACAUGACAUCUAAACAUUCCAAAUUUUUGUGUUUUCGAAAUUAUUUUUUAAAUCUAUUUUGUAAUUUACUGCUUAUAUAGCCAGCGAAAUGGUUAGUAAAAAGUAUUUAGGCAGAGUCGUUGAUUUUUUUUCAAUGAGAUAUUGAAAAAAUGUCCCACGAAGACCUUCAUGUACCUUGACUUGACACAACAUAAAACUUCCACAAGUGAGGAACAAACCACCACACUCACUCCAGUGGCAUCGAUUCGCGUUCGAAAUCAUGCACCGGUAAUAUGUGUAGACAAAAACCGCUCCGUAUCAACACAACUGUUUAAACCUGCGCUUGACUCGAUGUCUUGUUGUAGGUCAAACCCUUUGGAAAUGAUUCAACAACACAAACCAGUAAUCGAUGUGUAAUGAAAAUAUGUUAUUACCUAGCUUGUGUUAAAAUAUGAAAUACAACAACAAAGUACGACAGGCAGGACAGCAAGAGAAAAAUCAACCUUUUAAAAAUCAGCAAUCGUUACUCAUCAUGUCGUUUGGUAGCUUUCCACGAAAAAAAGAAAAAGAAAAGAUCAACUCGAAACAUUUCAUUCGUUACAUUCUCAACAUUACUUUGAACUGACUACGUCAAGAAAGCUAUAAGUUCAGAAAAUAUUAGACCGUAGGGAAAUUACACCAUAUCGUGAAGGCACUGGUAGUUUUUUUUCAUUUGUUUAAAUGCAUUUGAGAUGAUAAGUUUCCUGAAAAUUCUUGAAUAACAUAAGACUAGUGACUCGAGGUUUUCCCAGGAAAAACAGGUAAUCACACGUUUAGUUUUUUUUUUUCAAAUAUUUAUCUCUAAAACAAUGCAACGCUACCGUUUAUGAUGAAUCAUGACAAAGAUUGUGUAAAAAAAACUUUAAUCAUCUGAGGAUUCCGAACAUUUCGUACCUAGACAGAAAGCCUUUCUUUUAAGAAAUAUUUCGAGGCUUCAAACUGUACUGUUUUUCAGUUAAGUCUGUUAUGAACAGCAUGAGAACUUUCAACCGCUAACAAGAACUUUCGUAGAUUUUUCUUUCUGAUUCAUUUUUUUAUUAUUUAAAAUUCAAUCAGUUACCACAAAUGUUAUGUUUGAAGCUGAAGUGAAAGUUCAUCCAAAUGCUUUUAAAAAAAUUAAAAACUUUUUUUUUCGUUCCGUUGAAACAUCUCGAGACGACGUGAGAUUUCUCUGGCCAAUUAUCACGCUGUAGAUAACUCCAGACAGCGAUGGUUGCUAAACUUAAGUUUGAUCGACGGACGGCUUGAAAUUGAACUUUAGGCUACGUAUUAUUGUACUAGCAUCUAUCAAAUCCGGAUAGCUCUACAAACUUCGGAAAAACAAAAUUGACAUCAGUUAAAUUGCGCGUAAGUAAUUCAUUAGCAUAUGUAACAACACGUUAUCAGAAAAUUUAAACAAAAAAAAAAUACAAACAAACAAUAUGUGAAUAGGUAACUACAUACAUUAAGAGAGUUCAUAAUCUUCCGUUUUUUUGGUCGCGUUUACCAUUAGGGGGCAAACAAAGUUGAGAAAGUCGAAACGAACCCAGCCUAGGUUAGUGUACGUACAUGUGUAUGAAUUUCGGUUGUUAUAUUUUCCAUUGAGUAGCAGUUAAGCUUUGGAUUAAGAGAAAAAAAUUCGGUUCACCUACUUAAAUAGAAAAAAAGAAAAGUUUCAAAAAAUAUUUCAUCGAGUAGGUUUAUAGCUGUGGGCUUUGUUGUCUGAUGAAGUGGGUGAAAAAAAAAGAUAAACCGAGAUUCAAUAAACUAAAUGGAAAGCAAGAAGGAAAAAAAACGAGGAAAACUGCUUUAGUGUCAAUGUGAACAGACAUUACGACUCAGAAAAAAAAUCAUCAUUAAAAAAAUGAUUCCAUCUUUGAUAAUAUCGAAACAAACUACACAGAAACAAAACAUAUAUAACAGAAGAAGAAAACUCUGGUAUUUAUUAAUGGAUUCCACACAUAACGCAGAUACAGAUGAUGAGAUAAGAAGAGAGAAACAUACCCUUAUACAAACUUAGUAAAUGGACAAACAGAAAAAUAGAGUUGGUGUUUUAUUACUAAAUGAAA